AUGGAUGGUGGAAGGAUCUCUUUUCAAGAUAAGCUAAAUCCCCUAUUUCUUCAUCCUUCUGAUGGUCCUACUUCAGUUCAAGUGCACAAGCUACAAGAAUCUUCUGAUUAUAGAGCUUGGCGCAGGACAAUGGAGAUUAAUCUUUCCUCCAAACGAAAGCUUGGAUUUGUUCUUGGUACAAUUGAGAAACCAACUGAUGAUGACAUGAAAGCUGAGCUCUGGAACACCUGCCAUGGUAUGGUAAUUGCUUGGCUUACUCAUAAUGUUUCUUAUUCUGUUAAGAAAUCCAUCAUGUUUAUGACUUCUACUAGAGAAAUCUGGAAGUAUAAACUUAACAAAGAUCAAUUUGAAAUUAGACAGAAUUCUAUGCCUAUUAAUGAAUACUAUACAUCAUUGAGAGCUAUCUGGGAAGAGUUGGAUUCUAUGAAUAUGCUGCCUACUAUUUCUGACCCUUGUGCGGAAGUGCAAACUCUAUUGAGUGCCUUCAAUACUCAGAAGGAGGAAGCAAAACUCUUCCAAUUUUUGAAUGGACUGGAUGAGAUAUACAAUCCUCAGAGAAGUCAACUGCUUCUCAUGAUUCCCUUACCCUCAGUUGAGACUGCUGCUGCUUCUAUGCAGCAAGAAGAAGCUCAAAGAGAGGUCUUGAACCUCAACAAAUGUGCAAAUGAUCCAAUGGCUAUGUACAACAAACCUGUUGGAGCUGACAGAUCAUUUGUGUGCACAGCAUGUGGCCUUAAGGGUCAUAGAAGUGACAGAUGCUGGACUGUCAUUAGAUAUCCAAUAAGUUGGCACUCCAAGUACAAUCCCUUUUCUUCUCUUAAUAGGUCUAAACCUACUAGUGGUCAUUGA